GCUGUCUCCAAGACCACUUCCUCGCCAACCUCAACUUCUCAUCCAUUACUAGCAGAUUGACCCAGAUUUAAACCAGCAAUCAUGGCAGAUGCAGAAGAAAAAGAUAAGGCUGAAAAGCUGGCAGCUGCGAAGAAGCGUUUCGAGCAGAUGAAGAAGCAGAAACAAAAGAAAAUAGGUGCAAAGAAGGAAGAGAAAGAGCCAGCCCCGGAAUCUUCGAAAAGUGAAGAAAGCCCUGUCCAGGCCGAACCCCCCAUUCAGGAAGUGGACGGGACCAAGGUGGAAGAGGGAGAUGAUGGCAAGGCCUCAGAGGAGAGAGUUUCAAACCUCGGUGCUACAUUACAUCAACGACAGCCGUCGUUGUCUCUCCAAUCCAAAAUGCGGUCGUCCUCGUUUCGAGCUUCAUCAGGCGGACCAUUAUCUCCCAACUACCCACCAUUCUCCCCAGAUGGAGACACAGCUCCAGAUAUCUACCGAAAACAGGCCUUGAAGAUUGAGGAAUUGGAAAAGGAGAACAAACGGCUUGCUAAGGAGACAAUUGAUGGGGAGAGACGUUGGAAGAAGGCUGAGGAGGAGCUGGAGGAAUUGAGAGAGGCAGAGGAUGACACCACAUCAAAAAAGGACAUAGGCUCCGGAUCGUCUGAGGAAUUGGAAAAGCUGAGAGGAGAAGUCGCGGCUCUCCAUCGUCAAAACGCACAACUCCAAGCCCAAACCUCACGAGCCUCUCGACAUGGCUCCUCACCCUCCGUCUCCACCACUGCACCUGCAGACUACGAAGCCGCUCUCGCCUCCAAAUUAUCCACCAUUGAAUCCAUGGAAAUCGAACUCUCCACUCUCCGCGCCCACCUCGACCGUCUAGUGGCCGGUUCUUCAGAAAAAGAGCAAGUUGCCGCGUUGGAAGAGAAGCUCGCUCGCAGUGAACGCUCUGCUGCAACCGCACAACGGGAACUCGGGGACUUAAAGAAGAACCUGGAACGCACGACCGAGAAAGCCGUCAAAGAAGGCAGUGAACGCAUAUCAGCCGAAACUAAACUCCGAACCUUAGAACGAGAAACCGAAGAAGCGAAAGUGCACAGCGAAGAACUGCAAAAGAAGGUCGACGCUUUAGAAAAGAAGGUAGCAACAUUGGCCACCCUACAUAAGGAACAUGAUGCGCGAUCUCAAGCUCAAAAACGAGAACGGGAGAAGGCAGAGAAAGAGGCAUCGGAUCUUCGGGCCAAAUUAGCUGGAAUUGAGAACGAGAACCUACGAUUGCGUGAAGAAAGAGAGAGGUUGCGUAAACGAGACGCACAAGGAAUCGACGACGAAGGUGUUGACGAACUCGAGAACGAAGAGCGGCAACGCCUGGAAAAGAAAGUCCGGGACUUGGAAGGAGAAGUGCAUGAGCUUCGACGGGGCGUCUGGCGUGAACGUAGAAAGGAGCUGGAAGGCGAGGAAUCGUCUGGUGUUACAAGCCCUGGUGCGAGAUUCACAGAUGUCGACCUUGGAGGGAUGUCCCCUAGUCGGCGGAGAAGCCUUGCUCAUGGAGGCAAGGGAUUAGGGGAUUUCAUUCAGAGUGGCUUCAAUGCUAUCACGGGAGCGAACGUGCAUUCUGCUGCUGCUGAAGGUGCAUUAUUAGAGGAUGAUGAGGACUUGGACUUUGAUGAGGAUGCGUUCCGGUUGGCGCAAGAAGAAGAGGCAAAGAAGAGGAUAGAGAGGGUCAAGGAGGUCAAGAGGGCAUUGAAGAAUUGGGAGGGAUGGAGAUUGGAUUUGGUAGAGAAUAGAAGGGGCGGCGGAGAAGGGGUCGGGGAGAUAUUUGAGGUUUAGGAUAGGAUCUGUAGGAUUAGACGUCUGUAUCCGCAUGUUCAGUGGUAGAGAAAUUCACGAACCAUUCUACCUUGUAUGAUUGUGGGAAUAGUAUCUAGAAAGGAUCAAGUGUCCGGAAAUUGUUUACUUCUCUGGUCUAUUUGCAAGCUAUAUACUCAUAUUCUUCUCCUCCCAAAACUCUCAUAUACUCAUCCAAUUGACCAUCAAGUGCAGCUUAAAUUAACUGCUGGAAAGCGCGAUUGAUAGGAGAGCGGAUAUUGGGGACGCUCUUCCAGAAGUCAACAGUG